AUGCGGCAGACCAGCCACCUUCUAGCUGCCCUGACCCUGCUCUCGGGAACCGUAGGCUGGGCCUGGGUCCCCAGCCACUGCUGGAGCUCCCCGGAAGCCGUGUGCAACUUCGUGUGUGACUGCAGAGACUGUUCUGAUGAAAUGCACUGCGGAUUCCAUGGGGCUGCCCCCAGCCCGGGUGGCCCCUUCACCUGCGACUUCGAGCGGGACGUGUGUGGCUGGCAGGAUGUCAGCACCUCGGGGUACCGCUGGCUGCGGGACCGGGCUGGCGCAGCGCUGCAGGGACCUGGUGCACGCGCCGACCACACACUGGGCACCGACCUGGGCUGGUAUGUGGCUGUGGACACCCACCGUGGGAAGGAGGUGUCCACAGCGACCCUGCGCUCGCCCCUCCUGCACCAGGCGGCAGCCUCCUGCCAGAUCCGCCUCUGGUUUCACGCAGCCUUGGGAGAUGUGGCGGAGCUGCGGCUGGAACUGAGUCACGGCAUGGAGACUAUGAAGCUGUGGCAGAGCUCAGGGCCCUGGAACCCCGGCUGGCAGGAGCUGGAGGUGGCCACAGGCCGCAUCAGGGGUGACUUCCGGGUGACCUUCUCAGCCACACGAAACGCCACCCACAGAGGCGCGGUGGCUUUAGACGACGUGGAGUUCCGGGCCUGCGGGUUGCCCAUCCCCACAGCCAGCUGCCCUCUGGGGCAGCACCACUGCCAGAAUAAGGCCUGUGUGGGGCCCCAGCAGCGGUGUGACGGGGAGGACAACUGUGGGGACGACUCUGAUGAGGACCCGGCCACCUGCAGCCACUACACGGCCACCAACUUUGAGACCAGCCUGGGUCCAUGGAACCGCUCCGAGGGCUGGUCCUGGAACCACAGCCUCAUGGACCUCGAUCACACUGCCUGGCCACGCCGGGACCACAGCCGGAACAGUGCAAAGGGCUCCUUCCUGAUCACCACGGCCCAGUCCAGCACACCAGCUCUCCUGCUCAGCCCCAAGCUCCAGGCCACGGGCACCCGCUCCUGCACGCUGGUCCUCUAUUACUACAUGCAUGGCUCUGAGGCCGGCAGCCUCCAUCUGUCCCUGCAGCCUCAGGCCCCCGGGGCCUCCCAGGCCCCUGUCCUGCUGCGGAGCCGUCACGGGGAGCUGGGGGACAUCUGGGUCCGGGACCAGGUGGACAUCCAGAGCACCCACCCCUUCCAAAUCCUGCUCAGCGGGCAGACGGGCCCAGGGGGCGUCGUGGGUUUAGAUGACCUUAUCCUGUCGGAUGGCUGCACCCCAGCCCCAGAGCCAGCCACCCUGCAGGCGCCACCUCCUGAGUCCUGGGCUGCAGCCCCACUGCCCCCCAAGACCAGGGCCUUGUGUGAGCCUGGGCACCUCUCCUGUGGGGACCUGUGCGUACCCCCCGAGCAGUUGUGUGACUUCCAGCAGCAGUGUCCGGAGGGCGAGGAUGAGCGGCAGUGUGGCACCACGGACCUGGAAGCUUCAGCGGGGGGCUGGGAGGACAUCAGCGUGGGCCAGCUACAGUGGCAGAGGCUGAUGGCCCAGGACAGUGGGGGCUCUAACAGGGUGCUCCUCUCACCCCCAGGGCACUUCCUGUCCCUGCAGAGGGCCUGGGGUCAGCUGUCGGUCCCUGCUCGGGUCACCACACCAGCCCUGGGCCCUUCUGGCCCUGCCUGUGAGCUCCACUUGGCCUACUACUUCCAGGGUCACCCCCAAGAGGUCUCCUGUAACUUCGAGCGGGACAUGUGUGGCUGGCACGUCGGCCACCUCACAGACGCCCACUGGCGCCGGCUCGAGAGCCGCGGCCCUGGCUACGACCACACGACGGGCCGAGGCCACUUCCUGUACCUGGACCCCGCGGAGCCCCUGGCAAGGGGCCCUGGGGCCCACCUGCUCACCAAGCUCCAGACGCCGGCGGCCCCCACGGAGUGCCUGUCUUUCUGGUACCACCUCCACGGGCCCCAGAUUGGCACGCUGCGGCUGGCCUUGCGGCAGGAAGGGGCAGGGGAGACAGUCCUGUGGUCACGCUCAGGCUCUCAGGGCAACCAGUGGCACCAAGCCUGGGCCACCCUCACCCACCAGCCUGACUCCAAGUACCAGCUGCUGUUCGAGGGCCUGCGGGACGGCUUCCUAGGCAGCAUGGGCCUGGACGACUUGGCGGUGCGGCCCGGCCCCUGCUGGGCCCCCAGGCGCUGCUCCUUCGAGGACUCCACCUGCGGCUUCUCCACGGGCGGCCAGGGCCUCUGGAGGCGGCAGACCAAUGCCACAGGCCAGGCUGUGCAAGGUCCCCACGUAGACCACACCACGGAGACCGCACGAGGGCACUACAUGGUGGUGGACCUGAGCCCCCAGGCCUUAUCCCAGGGCCACGCGGCUUUCUUGACCUCUGAGGAGCACAGGCCUCUGGCUCAGCCCGCCUGCCUGACCUUCUGGUACCACCUGAGCCUCCGUAGCCCAGGUACCUUGCGGGUCCACGUGGAAGAGCGGCAGCGACAACAGGUGCUCCUCGUCAGCGCCCAUGGCGGGCCAGCCUGGCGCCUGGGCAACGUCGAUGUGCAGGCCCAUGGGGCCUGGCGGGUGGUGUUUGAGGCUGAGGCUGCCCGAGUGCAGGGUGCUUACAUAGCACUGGACGACCUGUCUCUUCAUGAUGGGCCCUGCCCUCGGCCAGCAUCCUGCGACUUCGAGUUCGGUCUGUGUGGCUGGAGCAGUCAGCCCUGGCCGGGUCUGGGAGGCUACAGCUGGGAUUGGAGCAGCGGGGCCACGCCCUCCCGGUACGCCCAGCCCCCCGUGGACCACACCCUGGGCACCGAGACAGGCCACUUCAUCUACUUCGAAACCAGCGUGCUGGGCCCUGGAGGCCAGGCGGCCUUGCUGCGCAGCGAGCCGCUCCCCGCCACCGAGGGCUCCUGCCUCCGCUUCUGGUACCACAUGGGCUUCCCGGAGCACUUCUACCAGGGGAAGCUGCGUGUGCUCCUGAGCAGCGCCAGGGGCCAGCUGGCCGUGUGGGGCGCCGGCGGGCACGAGCGGAACCAGUGGCUCCCGGGGCAAGUGGAGGUGGUCAGCCCCGAGGAGUUCCAGGUCCUAUUUGAAGCUACCCUUGGCGGCCAGCCCACCCUGGGGCCUAUUGCUCUGGACGACAUCGAGUAUCUGACGGGCCAGCCCUGCCAGCAGUCCGUACCCAGCCAGGGGGACAGGCCUGUGCCCGUGUCGGUGCCGGCGGCAGUAGGCGGUGCCCUCCUGUUCCUGGUGCUCCUGGUGCUCCUGGCACUAGCAGGAAGGGACUGGCUGCGGAGGAGAGGGGGCUGCCCUUUCUUGGGGCAUCGGGAAGCGGCCACAGCCCCCGCCACCGGCUUCAGCAACAUUCUCUUCAAUGCGGACAGUGUCACGCUCCCGACGCCUGUCACCAGCGACCAGUAGCCCCUGGAUCUCCAGGCAACUUCUGCUGGGUGCCCAGGCCAGGUGUGGGCGUGGGCGGCUGGGGCAGCACUGCGAUUCCACUGGUCCCUCUCCCAUCUCUGGCCCAAGCCCCCAAUAAAGACCUCGCUGUCC